AUGACCCGUUUGGAGAUGCGAGCCAUUGACCAACAGUGGCGUACUCUUCAGCAACGCCCUCAGGAAGCUAUCCCUGCUUUCGCUGAGCGUGUUGAGGACGUGGCCCAUAUCAAGGAGACCCUUACUGGUAUCCCCAUCAGCAAUGCCGAGAUGAGUGAACGACUGGCCGAUGGUCUCACUGAUGCAGACUCCAUUAUGGCUAAGAGUGUGGUGGAUCCCCUACUCCGACUGCCAUACGAGGAGUUCAAACAGUCAAUGUUGAGCUUCCUGGAAUCCAAGAACGGUCACAACCAGCUCAUUCCCUCGAGCAUCCAACGACAGUCUCAACAACAUCAACCACAACUUCAAGGAGGUCUUGUCACUCGUCCUGAUGCCAAUCAGAAGACCAUGAACGCCAAAGUCCACUCCGCUGCUGCUGUAGAGCUUGGUCUCGAUAGCAAUGCUUGCAUUCGAUGUGGUCUGAAAGGUCAUCAUGCCAGUUCCUGCACUACUGGUAGUAUCCAUCGCCAACAUGAACGUUGUGGUCGCUGUGGUAAACUCACGGUCGGUGAUGCUGGUAAAAACCAUAGGUGCAACCGUUCUCAACUACAAUGCUCUCGUUGCAAGAAGGCUGGACACCUAUCCGGCGUAUGCCGACGAGGUCUAUCUGGUGGCAAGCCAUCCAAUACUUCAAGGAAGGGUAAUGGUAGCGCAGAGACAACGUGUUCACUGGUAUCCCUGGGUGACGACUGUGAGGACGACAGUUCUGGUCUGCACGUGGUAGAGACCCACACGGCCAAGGCAGUCAUCUCAAAGGACCCACAGGCAUCAUGUUUGAGUGCCACCACACGUUUCGUCAACUCCCUGCCCCAGGAUCCUACUAUCGAGAUCCGUGUCGGUACUGCUAAGAGAUAUUGCCCACUGGUCGGCUUGGUCGACAGCGGAGCCAAUAUAUCUCUGAUCAACUCAUCCACAAUAAGUUUCCUCAGUCGCAAUGGCCUCAUCGAGCCGAGCAGCUCUAUUGUACUCCCAAGCCCAAUCUCUAUCAAGUUUGGCGACGGGAAGCUCCUUUCGAGCAGCACUCUUGUCACACUUCACUGCUCUUUCAACGACGCUCAGCUCUCCCGUCUCCCUCUACAGUUUCUGGUGGUAUCGGGCUGUCAGCCCCCUUGCAUCCUGGGAAGAAAUCUCUUCUCAGAUCUGGGAAUCCGUAUGGUGAGCGAUCAUGGCAUUCAGAUCAAUGGUCUAUCUACUCCGUCAUCCAAUGGUGCUGAGAGUAUGACGAACUCCAUGGUCGAUCGUGCUGGUCACUGUGCUCGCAGCUCUGCCAUCAGAGAUCACUAUCCUGAGGAAUGCACUCCUCUUAUCGACGUUGUCCAGGACCCUAGCUCCCCAGGGAAGAAGAUCAUCAAGGUCCACUUUGAAGCUCUGGAACAUGCCGUCGUGGAACCUUUCCGUGAAGCUCCGAGAGGACGGGCUCCGGUGGACAAUGCCAUCAUCUUCCUUCGUCUUGAGGACAUGGCCAAGAGGGGACAGGUUGAGAAAGUUCGGCCCGAGGACUGUCCCAUCAUCUGCGAGAUCUGCCUUGUGGACAAAGCUGACGGUGUUGUUACGGCUCCGAGAAGUGCCAGCUCUCCUGAUGUUCAUCAGCGCUUCCGUGUCACAGUUGACUGCAGACCCAUUAACAGACUUCGACUUGUCUACGACUCGCAGCAACGAUUCAUCUAUACGGCUACUCCAUGCGAUGGCAUCAAGGAGGUUGAGAGAUCUAAAUUGGCCAAGCAGUUCCUAACCACGGCUCUGCUACAAAUCCAAGACAUCCCCAAGCAACGUACGGUAUCCUUCGGUCGAUUAGAUCUUCAACACGCAUUCUAUAGUCUCCAUCUAAGUGAGAAGCUCUCAAGAUUCUUCGCUGUUGCCGCCAAGGAUCCGUCAUCUCAUCGAGUUCAGCAUUACCGCUUCACCACUUUGGUCCAAGGAUGGAAGUUCAGCAGUCUACUCUUCGGCCUUGGUACUCUCAAGAUCGUCACUGAGUUCAUUCAACCAGCUCUUGACAAGGGUGGCAUUGACGUUACAGUAGUCUGCUACCAAGAUGACCUCUUAUUCUGUGGUAGUAGUGAUGCCGAUAUAGUCAAAGCUAUGACCAUCGCCAAGGAGAUACUAACCAACCUCAACUUCCACAUCAACGAUAAGAAGCAAGAAGGCCCAGUCUCUAUCAUCGACUUCUGUGGUCUACGCCUCUCAUCGCACGGGGUAACACCAUCGCCAUCACGCACGGUACUCAGUGACGCUGCCAUCGACAACGCUCUACAAGUGUUCAUCAAGGGGUUGCCGUUCCAUCCCAAGAACAAGAAGUCUAAGCGUCGUAAGCUUCCUGUGCGAGAGUACCGUACGGCUUGGCUGCGAAGUUGGACUGGUGUGGCUAACUACAUGAGAGGAUGGCUCACUCCUCGGAUACUCACUGCUACUGACGUACUCCAACAUGCUCUAAAAGAUUUCGGCGACCACAACAUCGACACCGAUGACCCUCGUUUGGUCGAGCACAUCGAACGGGUGCCGAACGCCUUUCGCGAGGUCAUGGGAUUCUACAUGUCGGGAGUACCCUGUAUGAGUCUGUAUAGUGAGAGUGACGCCAACCAUAUCGCCACUAUUCUCAUCUCCGAUGGUAACCAACAUUCAUGGAGUGGUAUCGUCCUGCGAGUAGUUGCACAGGAUCCGAGUCAUAACGUUGACGACCAUCCACUCCUACUGGGUUCUCCGUCUCUGAGUGAGCUACUGGGAUGCGAAAGACCUCUCUCAGUGCUACCGGUGAAGAUCUUCGGUGGUCGUUUCUCAAAGUUGGAGUCGACUCUGUCCAGCACAACACGUGAAAGGAUGGCCCUUUUAUUGCUACUAGAGGCUGCUAAGACACUACUACUACCACCGGUCUAUUCUAUUACCGACAAUGCCAACUGUACUAAAGAGUGGUGUAACUUCGACCAACUCAACUAUGGUUCGUGGCAUUCUAGGUAUAUGAUCUUCCAGUCCUACGUCGAUGGUGUGCUGUGGGUGUCGAGAGAUCAUCCUCUGCCAAGUCUCUGCGAUACCAUGGCGCGAUGUAUCGAGGACGGCCAACAUUUCAAGCAUCCGACCAUUAUACCCACACAUCAAGGCCACUCUGCUACCAACUACUUUGACCACUUUCAUGACGAUGUUGCACAAGAUCCUGCUAGCUGUCACUGCUGUACUACCUUUGCAGCCACAGUCACGGAUCCUCUGUCGUCUCUACCUGUUCCUUCUCUACUGCACCGUUGCUUCACAGCUUGGAAGACUGGUACUGACUUUCCUCUGCAAUGCUCUAUCCCUCUCGAACCAGAACUCGCUCGUACCUGGCUCAAGGCAGCCCAGGACUCUGAUGCACACUGCGAGAAGCUACGAACCCUGAUUGGCAGAGGUCUCUCGAAAUUCCGCAUUGACGAUAACGGUUUGCUGAGGAUUCGGGAUAAAUAUGUGCUUCCCAGGCGAUAUGGUCAGUCCCUUGCCCUACACGUCCACCACUCUUAUGGUCACUGUGGCGUCAAGCAGACUCUUAAGAUCAUCUGUCGUGACUUCUUCUGCCUCCGCAUCGCUCAUACGGUGCAACGGGUUGUUGGUAAAUGCUACUGUCAGUAUGUACGUGCUCGACGUGGUCCUCUACUACCUAUCAUCUCAUCAUUACGCGACUCUAUUGGGGUCAGCGAUGUGUGGUACAUUGAUACCGUGGGACCUCUUCCCCCAAGCACCCUACAUAACUCGAAGUAUGUGCUCUCUAUUAUGGAUGCGGCCAGUAGAUAUGUCAUGUUCCUAGCGGUCUCAUCGAUCACUUCAAAGGCCAUCACUGAUACUAUCGACAAUCAGGUGUUCAGCUUGAUAGGAUCACCACGAUGCUUCGUUGCCGAUAAUGGUGCAUCCUUUCAAUCAGUGCACUUUCGUGGUUGGGCUGCGUCUUGGGGUAUCCAAGUGAGGUAUGUUCCAGUCUACUCGCCCAAUCGCAAUGGAGCUUUGGAGAGGCAACACGGGGUACUGAAGCAAGUUCUAAAAGCCAUGUGCAAGGGCAAUACUGAUCGUUGGCCUUCCUUUCUUCCUCUUGCUCAAAAGCGCUGCAACAAUCGCCUCCUCGAUGAUGGUUGUGAGUAUACUCCUCAACAACUCUUUAUGGGUUCUUCCGAUGCCAGUUCGCUCGGUCGACGGUUCGAGGACAUCUCCGAUACUAUCACUGCUGAUACAGUCAAGUUCGAAGCUAAGCGUCGAUUCUCUCGCCGUGAGGCUAUGAUCAAGGAGGUUCAUGAUGCUAUGGAAGAAGCUGAGGCUAAGGUUAUGCUGAAGUUUGGUGAUCGCCAGUCGCGUCGCCGCACUUUUGCUGUUGGGCAGAAAGUACUCAAGUGGACCGACAACAAGUCCAAUGGUGUGCUUCAACCUAACUGGACAGGCCCUCUUACUAUCAAGGACGUUCUCGGUACUGCGACUUAUCGUCUCAGCGAUGACUCUGUCCAAGCCGACCGAAACCUCUGUCUAUACCAUCAAUGAAGUCAACUAAUAUUAAUAUUCUCCACUUCACUACGUAUAUUUAGGGGGGGAGAUAUGUGAGAACCAAGAUAACUCUCUUGCUAUCUUGCUCUCUCUCGUAGUGGUUCACUAUCAUUCAAUACCACUCAGUUCUCAUACACUCACUAUGAUGAUUCUUGCAUUCUUUAUAUCCUGUAUAUCUCUCACUCGCCCAAGUGAAACGGAUAGAUGCGUUUCACGGCAUACUGCACCCCACACACUACGACUAU